AUGCGUGACCGUGGAACGCAACUCCAUUAUUGGACUAGUAGCUCAGCAUCUUAUAGGGCCUUUAGUGACGUGAUGAAGCCAAAUAACAUUUCUUAUGACCUAGCAAAAUUACAAAAGGUCAAGAAGAUCAAAUUGGAAGACCGGGCAGGGUGUAGAGCUUUUGAGUUGCAUGGCUUGGCAUUAGAUGUUGAGUGUAUGAUGUGCAACCGAACCAUGAGAGGGGAUGAUGUUCAAAACAGGAUUAGAAUUUCUAAUCCUCAGUGGAUGAUUGAGAUCGAUAAUAUGGACAUAGUCUUCCCGACCGAUUUUAUCUAUGCGACUAUGUAUCAAAUACCUGAAUAUCGAGAGUCUGUAAAGAAGUUUGGUAUUCAACCACGUUGUUCAAUACCAACCUGUCAGGGAUUAUUCAAGCCCAAGGUUUUCCCUGAAAAGGCCCGAAAAAUGAUGGGAGAUUGUGAUGUCCUUUUGGUUUUGGGCCUAUCAUUGCGUGCUUCAAAUGCUUACAAACUAGCGAGUGAAGCACUUAAAAAAGAAGAAAGGGGUGGUUGUCACAACCGGCACAACGGAUUUGGACCACCUGCUCCAUGA